UGAAUAACAAUAUUAUGCAGCACAUUGUGAAAAAGUUUUGGAAUACUUAUCAAAAGAAUCUCAAAUCUGUAAAAAUAUUUGGUCCUCCUGCAGAAGAGAUUGCUAAAGAUUUAAACUUUGGAAAUAAAGUAUGCCUCAUCACUGGCGCGAGUAACGGCAUCGGCUUGGAAAUCACCCGGUGCUUGACGUCAAUCGAUUGUAAUGUGUUGAUGGCGUCUCGAAAUCCAUACGUUGCAAGGAACACUGCUAAAAAUGUUUGUAAAAAUUUCGAUCGGCUGGCGUUCUAUGAAGUGAACCUCGCUUCUCUGUCUUCUGUUCAGAAAUGCAUAAAAUCGCUUCUACAGUCUCAAAAGAGUAUCGACAUAGUAAUUUUGAAUGCCGCUACAUUCGGGCUGCCGUGGACGUUGACGGAAAACGGAUUGGAAACAACUUUUCAAGUUAACUUUCUGAGCCAAUAUUAUCUGCUACUGAGUAUAGAAAAAAUUCUUUCUCCGAAUGCUCGCGUUGUGUUUACGUCAUCAGAAUCUCACAGGAACGUGGAACUAUCGGAGGGUGCGCGUGUAUUUCCAUCCCUAGAUCACUUCUCGCUAUCGGCGGAGAGGUACACGUCGAUCCGAGCGUACAACCUGUCUAAGGUGUGCGGCGUGCUGGCGGCGCGGUAUUUACACCAGCGCUGGCUGCACGCGGGGCCGGCGGUGUUCUGCGCGCACCCCGGCUCCUUCGUCAAGACGGGCCUGUGCCGCAACUGGUGGGUGUUCGAAGCCCUCUACACGGCUAUGUUGCCCUUCUCGAAGAGUAUUGGUCAAGCCGCUAGCACAAUCGUGUACUGCGCGACGUCGCCGGAGUUGGCUGGUCAGUCGGGGUUUUACUUCAAGGACUGUCGGCGCUGCGAGCCGAGCGAGCUGGCCGGGAGCACCUACCUCGCCUACAGGAUGCACGACCUCGCCUGCGACGUGUUGCGACAGAGGGGGUUCUACCUCGAUGUGAAUACGGCUAGCCAGAUUCACGAGACAGAACACGAAAUGGAGGAGCAAAUUUGUUAGGUUACGGUAGGCUCCGCAGACUUUUAGUGGGCCGAUAGUUCGAAAGUUUAAUCAGUACGAAGAUGUAUGAAGGUGCGCACAAUUAAAUAACGAUUUGUAUCGGGCGAUAGUAAUGUACUGAAACCCCCAUUCGAUCAAACUAUCGGCCGACUAAAAGUGUGUAGUCUGCGUGGGCCCUAAGGCUCACUACUGACUAGCGCCAUCUGAGUGAAACACGGCUAGCGAGAUUAGAGCAAAGUUAGGUUAUGGU